AUGGUGCGGUGCCAGGAGGUGCCCCUUGAGGAGGCGUUCAUCGGCAGCAUGGGCUUCCCGCGAGCCAGAGGAGAGGACCUUGUCGAGAACCGAUUCGUUCUGUCGCACCCCUGGCUGUCGAAGAGUCACCCUGACCCCAAAGGGGCGAAGCUGCAAGUUCUGGUGCAGCAGCUGAACGUGUUGCACGCGUCCAACGACGAUGCAGUCUUCAUCGACUAUAUGGGGCUCCCUCAGAAUGACAAAAUGCACCCCGACUACGAUAUGUGGGAGAAGGAGAACAAGGUGCCCAAACCUGGAGAGCACCCUGCUGUCCGCACGAAGGAGGAAGAGGCCUUGUUCAAGAAGGCUCUCGGAUCGAUGGAAUUGAUUUACAGUAUGGGUAACACUCCCGUGAUCGUUCUGGCCAUGGACGACGAGGUCGUUGCUGGUACAAAGUAUUUCUCGCGGGGCUGGUGCUUCUUCGAGUUUUCUCUCGCAUUCAGCUUCGACAACAUUACGAACGCUUACAUCUGCCCCUCCGUAUGGCGGAUGUACGAGCGAGCUGCCGAGCUAGAAGUUGACGCAGUCGAGGGCUUCAGAAAGGGUUUCGAAAAGACCCACUUCACGAACAAGGGGGACGAGGAAACUGUGUUCAACCUGUUCAAGCAGACUGUGAACAAGAAGGUGAGGGUUGCAGCUCUGGGCGCUGAUGAGCAGGCUUAG